AACGAAUUGUGUAGAAUUGCAGAGACAUUCUUCUGAACGCGCUAACCACUCCUGAGGGCGUAGGAACAAUGCAUCAUGUCUGGACCCAAUGUCAUGCAUCGGAAGUAAGAGACAGUACUGAAGACACCGAGUAGAUUUGUAGAGCCACUUUUGUGAUUGUUUUUGGUUUUGGUUUCUUCUUCUCAAGGCUUGCAGAAUGUUGCCAUGUGGCAGUUUCCAGGGGCAGCACCAGCUGCACGGCAUGUCAAGCCACAGCCUCAAUGGAACCUUAUGCACGUCACACACGAUCUUCCGUGGGGCACCAAGACGGCAUAUGAGAUUGCAUAUGAGAACAAGAUGCUCACAGACAUCCCAAGAAUCGGCAGCAUUUGGGACAGACCUCCAGAACUUCCAGUCUUGGCUGAGGGCGAACGGGGUCAGAGGCAUCGGUGAAGAAGACAGCAAAAUUGCUCUGUACACUACUGAGAGCGGAGAGCGAGGCUUGAUGUGCACCAAGGGUGUGGCUCAAGGAGAGUCCCUGCUAAAUGUACCCCUUCGGCUCGGCAUCAUUGAUCAAGCACCGGAUGAGCUGGGAGACGAUCUUUUGGAGGUGUCUCGUCUAGCAGUGCAGCUGCUGCAGGAGAGAAACAAGGGAGACAGCUCACAGCGGUAUCCCUGGCUCCAGGUCUUGCCUGAG